UCCCUCCCUCUCAUUCCCAACAGCUUGCAGCCUCGUUUGCCUCUCUGCAGCUUCGCUCGCUCAGAGCUUUAGGAGGGAGGGUGAAGAGGCCGCCAUGUUGGAUCCGGAGAAUUCAGUAGCAGCCUGAGCUUAUGCAUGGGGCUGUGUGGUGUCAGGGAGGGCGGACUGUGAAAGAAGAGGAGGAAAACAACCACAACGAGGAAGAGGAAACGGAGAAAAGAGUGGGGGGAGUACAGUCUAUCACUGUUCGCUACUCGAAGAAGAUGCCCUAAGUAUGGUGGACCGAAAGACGGGCAGCAUCUUUCCAUCUCUUGCACUAGAAAACAGCAGCAGCACAGCAUCUUUUGGGGGAAGCGCGCAAGCGGAGUGGGAGAUGUAUGUGGAUUGAAAAAAGCAAUAUCCUGUCGCCCUGUCAAGAGAAACGAGCUAGAGGACGUGCAGCGAUAUGGAGAGGAUUUGCUAGGAUUAUUACCAGCCCAGCCUACCCUUCCCUUGACUGGAUGUGCUAAUACAGUAUUUAAGAGAGGACAAUUAUUACUUUCCCCGAUAUUUAAAGAGGGGUGUGACUUCCCCCCUCCACAUGCUCCCCCUCCCCAGGAUAUUGGGGAGGGAGGUUAAGGAAAUACAGACUAUACAUUAUUUUUUGGAAUGGUGAAGAGCCUUAAUGGAAGAGUGGCACUGAUUGCCCUAAGGAAGGAUUCUGUUUCUGAGGACUUUUCUUCCUCUCUUCUUCCCACUCCCCACUUUCUGAAGAGUUGCCACUAAUGCAUUUUCUAAGAGGUGGUGGAGGUGGAGGUGGAGGUGGUGGAGAAGGUGGAGAAGAAGGUGGUGGAGGUGGUGGAUAUUCUCCAGCACUAGAUCUUCAGAAUCCUGUGCUUUUUAUUUUUUGCCCUCCCACCUUCAAAUAGCUUUCUUCCUGCUGCUCUUUCCUUGAAAGUGAAUUGUUAUUGCAAAUGGAAUGGGGACUUUACACUUAAAUGAUGCAGAAGGAUUCAUUUCGGGAUUGGGUUUCAUGAUCUGAAUUUCGAAUGAAGGAGAAGACCUUUAAAAAUCUAUAUGGAUGACAGAAGAGUGGAUUCAGUCUUGGGAUUAAAUUUUAAUUAUUAUUUAAAUGUAUAAAGUAUAUAUUUUCUCUUUUAAUUGUUAUUAAAAGAGAUUUUAGGAUAAUUAUUUUUCUGUAAUACUCUGUAUAUAUUGUAGAUGUAUGUGUGGACAGACUGACCAAGUUACAAUUCUCAGAAUAGCAGUUCUGAGAUGGAUUAUAUGUUCAGCACCAUCUUUAAAGCACUGACUUUUCAAAAUUCUUUUUAUAAACUGUAAUAUAUUCUAAUGUGCUAGAUUUGUCAAAGAUAGCACAAAAUAAUAAAGAAGGAAAGUCUGUUAAGAACUGAAGCAGCCAUGUCUGGAGAAGUGCGCUUGAGACAGUUGGAACAGUUUAUUUUGGAUGGGCCAACUCAGACCAAUGGGCAAUGCUUUAGUGUGGAAUCCUUGUUGGAUAUACUCAUCUGCCUUUAUGAUGAAUGUAAUAAUUCACCCUUGAGAAGAGAGAAGAAUAUUCUGGAAUUUCUAGAAUGGGCCAAGCCUUUCACAUCUAAGGUGAAGCAGAUGCGAUUGCAUAAAGAUGACUUUGAAAUAUUGAAAGUGAUUGGCCGAGGUGCCUUUGGGGAGGUUGCUGUUGUGAAAUUAAGAAAUGCAGAUAAAGUAUUUGCCAUGAAAAUAUUAAAUAAAUGGGAAAUGCUGAAAAGAGCGGAGACAGCUUGUUUUCGAGAAGAGAGGGAUGUUUUGGUGAAUGGGGAUAAUCAGUGGAUUACAACAUUGCACUAUGCCUUCCAGGAUGAAAAUUAUUUAUACCUCGUUAUGGAUUAUUAUGUUGGUGGAGAUCUGCUUACCUUGCUCAGUAAGUUUGAGGACCGGUUACCUGAAGAAAUGGCUCGCUUUUAUUUAGCUGAAAUGGUGGUAGCAAUUGAUUCUGUACAUCAGCUACAUUAUGUCCACAGGGAUAUCAAACCAGAUAAUAUCCUGAUGGAUGUUAAUGGACAUAUUCGGUUAGCGGAUUUUGGCUCUUGUCUGAAGCUGAUGGAAGAUGGAACGGUUCAGUCUUCAGUGGCAGUUGGAACACCAGAUUAUAUCUCUCCAGAAAUUCUGCAAGCCAUGGAAGAUGGGAAAGGAAAAUAUGGUCCUGAAUGUGAUUGGUGGUCCCUUGGUGUUUGCAUGUAUGAAAUGCUGUAUGGAGAAACACCUUUUUAUGCUGAGUCUCUGGUGGAGACGUAUGGAAAGAUAAUGAACCACAAAGAGAGAUUUCAGUUUCCUGUCCAAAUGAUAGAUGUGUCUGAAAAUGCCAAGGACCUAAUUCGAAGGCUUAUUUGCAGCAGAGAACAUAGACUUGGGCAGAACGGAAUAGAAGACUUUAAAAGCCACCCAUUUUUUUCAGGGAUUGAUUGGGAUAACAUUCAGAACUGUGAAGCACCUUAUAUUCCUGAAGUCAGCAGUCCAACAGAUACUUCAAAUUUUGAUGUAGAUGAUGACUGUUUAAAAAAUUCUGAGACAAUGCCACCACCAACACAUACUGCAUUUUCUGGCCAUCACCUGCCAUUUAUUGGAUUUACAUACACAAGUAGCUGUGUCCUUUCGGAUCGUAGUACUUUAAGAUUUGCAGCUGGGCAACGUGUAAUGGAACUUGAUGCCAAUGUUCAAAGAACACUAGAGGAUACCUUAGCUACAGAAGCAUAUGAAAGACGAAUAAGACGUUUAGAGCAAGAAAAGCUAGAACUUAGCAGAAAACUCCAAGAGUCCACACAAACAGUCCAGGCCCUACAUUAUUCAACUGUAGAUGGUCCAUUAACAGCAAGCAAAGAUUUAGAAAUUAAAACCCUGAAAGAAGAAAUUGAAACAUUGAGAAAACAAGUCAUUGAUUCUGGAAGAUUAGAGCAACAACUUGAAGAGGCGAGUUCUGCACAGAGAGAAUUAGAAGAUGCUACCAGACACAUAAAAAGUUAUGAGAAGCAAAUCAAAACACUAAAGCAAGAGCGGGAUGAUUUUAAUAAGGAACUGCUUGACUCCAGUGAGAGGUUAAAGGCACAAACCAAAGAACUGAAAGAUGCACAUAGCCAGCGGAAACUGGCCAUGCAGGAAUUCUCUGAGAUGAAUGAGCGACUUACUGAAUUGCAUUCACAAAAACAGAAGCUUACCCGCCAAGUUAGAGAUAAAGAAGAAGAGAUGGAAGUGGUGAUGCAAAAGGCAGAAAGCUUGAAACAAGAACUACGUAGAACAGAGAGAAUAAAGAAGGAACUGGAAGUUCAUGCUGAAGCUGCAGCUGCUGAGGCAUCCAAGGACAGGAAGCUACGUGAGAGAAGUGAGCAAUAUUCUAAGCAGCUGGAAAAUGAAUUAGAAGGACUAAAGCAGAAGCAAAUUGGUUGGUCUCCAGGGGUGAGUAGCACAGAACAUCAACAAGAAAUAACAAAAUUAAAAGCUGACUUGGAAAAGAAAAUUGUUUUUUAUGAAGAAGAGCUGUCUAAACGAGAAGUAAUACAUUCUAAUGAAUUAAAAAAUCUGAAGAAGGAAUUCCGUGAUGCAGAGAUCCAACAACUUGCUCUCAAAAAAGAAAUUCUGAUAUUGAAAGACAAAUUAGAAAAGACAAGGAGAGAAAGCCAAAAUGAAAGGGAGGAGUUUGAAACAGAAUUCAGAUAUAAAUAUGAACGGGAGAAGAUUCUACUGACUGAAGAGAACAAGAAGCUUUCCAAUGAGCUUGACAAGCUUACAGCAAUGUAUGAAACACUAAGUAUAAGUAACCGACAACUUGAAGAAGAGAUGAGAGAUCUUGCUGACAAAAAAGAAUCUGUAGCACACUGGGAAGCCCAGAUUACUGAGAUCAUCCAGUGGGUGAGUGAUGAAAAAGAUGCCCGAGGUUAUCUUCAAGCCUUAGCUUCCAAAAUGACUGAAGAACUUGAAGCAUUGAAGAGCUCCAGCUUGGGUGCAAGGGCAACAGACAUGCCUUGGAAGAUGCGUCGCUUUGCGAAACUAGAUAUGUCUGCAAGGUUAGAGCUACAGUCAGCCCUUGAUGCAGAAAUACGAGCCAAGCAAGCCAUUCAGGAAGAGUUAAAUAAAAUUAAAGCUUGUAACAUUGCAACAGAAUGCAAAUUACAGGAAUCUGAAAAGAAGAACUCCGAGCUGUUAUCAGAAAUAGACAGACUGAAAAAAGAGGCAGAAGAACUUCAGUCAGAAAAGGGAGUGAAGCAUCAAGACUCACAGAAUUCUUUCUUGGCAUUUUUGAAUGCACCUACAUCUGCUCUGGAUCAGUUUGAAGAUUCCUUUUCUUCUUCAUCAUCUUCUUCAUUGAUUGAUUUUAUGGAUGACCGCUCUCCCUCCUGUAUUCCAGCCCACAAAGGCAGACGUAUUGAUUCUGUUGAAAAUUUUACCUUAUCUAAUACACCUUCGCGGGAUGAAGAUAUCAAGUAUCAUCUUCAUUCAAGAUCUAGGUCCCCUUCCACAGCUAGUGACAUUGAACCAAUCGAGGUUUCAGAUCAUCCUCUGCGUCCAGUUCAGACACCAUCCAUGAGAUCACCAUAUAGUGGUUCAGGACUCUCUGUGCCAAAGCCUAAGGCCCAUCAGUUUGUAGUAAAAUCCUUUAAUACCCCUACCAAAUGCAAUCAGUGCACAUCAUUGAUGGUUGGGUUAAUAAGACAGGGCUGUACCUGUGAAGUCUGUGGAUUUUCAUGCCAUGUGACCUGUGCAGACAAAGCACCAGCAGUAUGUCCCAUCCCACCUGAACAGACAAAAGGUCCUCUAGGGAUUGAUCCACAGAAAGGAAUAGGAACUGCUUAUGAAGGGCAUGUCCGAAUCCCUAAGCCAGCUGGAGUGAAGAAAGGCUGGCAGAGAGCCCUGGCUGUUGUCUGUGACUUCAAGCUCUUCCUUUAUGAUAUAGCAGAAGGAAAAGCAUCCCAGCCCAGUGUGGUAGUUAGUCAAGUUCUUGAUAUGAGGGAUGAAGAAUUCUCAGUGUGUUCUGUGCUGGCUUCUGAUGUCAUCCAUGCAAACCGAAAAGAUAUUCCCUGUAUUUUUAGGGUUUCAGCUUCUCAGCUAUUAGCAUCAAGUAAUAAGUGUUCAGUCCUGAUCCUAGCUGACAGUGAAAAUGAAAAGAGUAAAUGGGUAGGAGUCUUAAAUGAAUUACAUCGGAUCUUAAAGAAGAAUAAGCUCAAAGAUCGCUCAGUCUACGCUCCCAAAGAAGCAUAUGAUAGUACCUUACCCCUUAUUAAAACUAGCCAAGCAGCAGCAAUUAUAGAUCAUGAACGAAUAGCUCUGGGGAAUGAAGAAGGGUUAUUUGUUGUUCAUGUUACAAAGGAUGAGAUAAUUCGUGUUGGUGACAAUAAGAAAGUUCAUCAGAUUGAGCUCAUCUCAAAUGAACAACUUAUUGCAGUGAUUUCAGGACGAAACCGUCAUGUACGACUAUUUCCUAUGACAGCUCUGGAUGGUCGAGAGAUUGAUUUUUAUAAACUGGCAGAAACUAGAGGUUGCCAGACCAUAGUUUCUGGACAAGUGCGCCAUGGAGCCCUUUCUUGCCUGUGUGUAGCAAUGAAAAGACAGGUCCUGUGCUAUGAGUUAAAUCAUAGCAAAACACGCCAUAAAAAGAUAAAAGAAAUCCAAGUAGCUGGGAAUGUCCAGUGGAUGGCUAUCUUUAGCGAACGGCUUUUUGUUGGCUAUCAGUCAGGAUUCUUAAAGUACCCUUUGACUGGAGAAGGAAAUCCACAUAGUUUGCUUCAUCCAGAUGAUCACACACUGUCGUUCAUUACACAGCAGCCAACUGAUGCUAUCUGUGCUGUUGAAAUCUCAAAUAAAGAAUACCUGCUGUGUUUUAGCAGUGUAGGGAUUUAUGUGGACUGUCAGGGUCGAAGAUCUAGACAACAAGAACUAAUGUGGCCUGCAACUCCUUCUUCUUCCUGUUACAAUGCACCAUACCUCUCUGUUUAUAGUGAAAAUGCAGUUGAUAUAUUCGAUGUGAACUCAAUGGAGUGGAUUCAGACCAUCCCCCUCAAGAAGGUACGUCCUUUGAACACAGAAGGGUCGCUAAAUGUCCUAGGACUAGAAACUGUUAGAUUAAUUUAUUUCAAAAAUAAGAUGGCAGAGGGAGAUGAGUUGGUGGUUCCUGAGACAUCAGAUAACAGUCGGAAGCAAAUGGUCCGAAAUAUUAAUAAUAAACGGCGCUACUCAUUCCGGGUGCCCGAGGAAGAGAGAAUGCAGCAGAGAAGAGAGAUGCUGCGAGAUCCAGAAAUGAGAAAUAAAUUAAUUUCUCACCCAACUAACUUUAACCAUAUAGCACACAUGGGCCCAGGAGAUGGUAUACAGAUCCUCAAAGACCUGCCUAUGAACCUUCGGCCUCAGGAAAGUCGGGCAAUGUUUAGUGGUUCUGUCAGUAUCCCUUCAAUCACAAAAACCCGGAUUGAGCCUGGACGUUCCAUGAGUGCUAGUAGUGGCUUGGGAGCAAGAACAUCUGCACAAAAUGGUAGUGCUUUGCGGAGAGAAUUCUCAGGAGGUAGCUAUGGAGCAAAGCGUCAGCCAAUGGCCUCCCCUUCAGAUGGCUCUUUGUCUUCUGGUGGCCUGGACCAAGGCAGUGAUGCCCCAGUGAGGGAGUACGAGCGAGAGGACUCUGACUCUCCAAGGCACUCUACAGCUUCCAACAGUUCCAACCUGAGCAGCCCUCCCAGUCCCAUUUCUCCUCACAAGACCAAGAGCCUCUCCCUGGAGAGCUCGGACCACGUGAGUUGGGACUCAUGAACUGCUUCAGCACUCAGAUUUGACAUCUCAGCAGCUUCUGGUCCCCAUGAUUCUCCAUUUGCUCUCAUUCUCAUCUCCUCUCAGCCUCCCUACAAGAAUCAAACUGUGGGUGGGAGGGGGAGGAAGAGAGUGUAAUUGCCAUAAUUGGCACCAGUAGCGCAACUCUCUUCCCCUCCUAAUAGUAGCCAGCAAACAAAAGAAAAUCUUGGUGGAGGGCAGCAUGGAGUUGUUAUAUGAGAAAUAUUGGUAUAUUUCUAUUAUUAUCCAUUUUAUUUCAUAGGAUUAUGAAAUUCCAUUGUAUGGCAUAUUAUGCAAUACACCACACUCCAAACAAAACAUGGUAGUGUAGGAUGCUAUACACAGUAUGUAACAGGAAACCAGAUAGAUUUGCCUUGGUACACGUAGACCCAUAUUAUAUUUUUUCAGGAAUAAAUACAGCAACACCCUCCAUGUUUGGUGAUAGGGUGAAAUUUGCCCUGCUAAGGAAGAUACACAUGCUUUCAGACCGCUACUCUGAAUGUCAGUCUGAUUGCUGCCAGUAAAUCUUAUUGAUUUGGGGAAAAAUGAUGCAUAUUUUACUAUAAUAGAGUUUAAGUAAAUACACAAAAUUAAGAGUUAGUACAUAUGUAUAUAAUAAAAGAAAAAGCAGCAUUAUAAUGCAACAGAAGAUGGAUUCCUAUUUAAGAGAUCCUUUAAUUUAAAAUGUGUGGUGUUCCUUUUUUCAUACUAAAUAAUCUAUGGAUUGAGGGUGUGAUCUGAAUUUAGAAUGGCACUGGAUAAAAAACAUACAGCCUAGAUGAAGAUUCCAUCCUCACAAUUUUUGCUCUGUGACAUUUCCUCCUUAUCAGUACAAAAAUGAAAGCCAUAAUCAUCAUUUUAAAUUCUCUCUGCCUGUUUUCCACCUGUUCUUUACAAGCAAAAUCUAUUGUUUACUAGUACACGGAUGAGGUAAAUUGAAGGGUAGCCAAACAAUUAUAGAAUCUCCUCAGCUGAAGUAAAUGCAAAUAGAAAUGAAUGAGCUUUUGGAAGAUUAGGGCUAGGCUUUCAAACCCAUCUUGCCUUUUAAUCACCACAAGCUCUUAAGUAACUUUCUUAGUUAACUACAUUCACUGAAUACAAGGAUCAUUCAGUCCGAAAUAGAAGUUUGUAGCUUGUUCUUGAUCAUUGAAAGUUAACAUGCCGCUUGUAAAGUUGUACUUUGCUAAAUUAUUCAAGACUUCUAAAGAUUUUCAUUGUGAUCAUCUGCUCACCCAUCCUGGCCCAGAAUGCCCAUUGUCAUUGAUGUAGCAUUCUGGCCGUUGAAUCUAAUAGAAAAAAACCUAAUCAGAUCAUAGCAUUUCUGUCUGAAUAGUGGAGAUCCAUCGUCACCUAGGAAAACAAUGGCAAAAACAACAUGCAAAUGAAGGGCAAAGGCAAACUCUUUUUUUUCCAUGUUAUUGAAUAAAAUGAGUACAGUUUGCAUUUUCACACUAGAUGAAUGUGAUUUUUCUUCCUAGAAUCAUUGCUUUUUAGGCUAGACCUAUGCUCAAGUGGAGAAAAUAUUCACGUGGUAAUUUUUUUUAAAAAAAAAAGAUAAUAGUUUCUACAGGUUUUAUAAUACAUCAUGGAUAUUGUCAAAUAAUUACAGUUAACAUCAGUGGAAAAACAAUACAUCUGUAACAGUUUUCACCUCUAAAAAAAUCAUCAGCUACAAUCAUACAAAGUUCUGAUUAAGUACUAGAAGAUAGAGAUCAUUGUCUCUAAUCUAAGUAUAUUCAGUUUGUGUCAUUAUUUGCAUUUAGCUCUCUUAUACUGGGGAAAAAUUGGGAGUAGGAGGCAAACCUAAAACUUAUACUGGGGAAUAAUUGGGAGUAAGAGGCAAAGUUAAAACUUUGCUAUUAAGCAUGAUAUCCUAAACCUAUCUGUUGAAUUGAGUUUAUUAAGAAUCUCAAAACUGUGUGCUUUGUCAUGAGUUAGAAACGAUAAAGAUUUUAAUUUCAGAGCUACCAGCUAAACAUACUAAAGGAAUUUCCUGCAAGCCUUUUCCAACUAAUUGAGUCACAGCUACAAGAACAGCAUAUAAAAUCCAUUAGCUCUCAUCACCUUUGACAGUCACUACUCCAAGAUCCUGUUUCAACCCCUUCAGUCUUUCCUACAAUGAUGCUCUUGCCAUUAUCAUUGCUCCAUACCAUGGCGAAAAGGUUAGCAUUUCCUCCACCCAUAUUGGCUGGUGUUUUUUUUUUAAGGCUUCUGAUUCUAGCUUUAAACUGCACCUGGCUUGCAGAAUUAUUGAUUUCAGAAAUGAACUUGGAAGCCCUCGACAAGUUCCAUGGUGAUAAGCUGUUUCGUUUGAAGACAUAGUUGUCACACAUGCAAACAAGAGCUAAGGGGAAGGAAUCUGCAAAUUAGAAAUAAUUUUACAUAACAUCAAACUAUUUAAUACAUUUAAACACUAUACUUUAUUAGGAUGUGUUAACUUGCAAUACCAAUAUUGAUAAGGUAUUAGGUACUUUUUUCCAACUGUAUCCAACACAAACACUCUUAAAUCUCUGAAGUUAGCUAGUAAAAUUGAGGUUUGUAGUGAUGCAUUUCUCACUUUUCAUUCCUACAUGAUUCUAUUUCUCCAGGCACUUUCAUGUGCUCUGAUUGAACCCUGACUAAUUUGGUUAGGAUCUCUUUUGAAUGCAGCUUGAAGCUUUGCUGGCCCUAAAUGAGAAGUUUGCUUUGAACUGAUUCAGGCACUUCAUUCAUUGCCCUGUUACAUUUAUGAGGUUCAAUAAAUUGGAUUGUAACUGAACCUCAGAUGGUUCACCUCUUACCUGAGACUGUAUUUUAAAAUAGAAACAAUUUAUACACAACAUUCAUGUUUCUUUUCAGAUUAUAUUCCUAUUGUAUAAUUUUAUUCUUCUGAAUCAGUCUUUCAUUAAUGGCUUUGUCUAAAAUUCGACUGAUAGGCUAUUUUGUAUUCCUAUUUAUCUUUUUCUUUUCUUAGAACAGCAGGGGGGGAAUUCACUAUAACAUUUAUGUUAAACUCAGGUAUUUGGAAACAGCAGAGUAAUGUUUUAAUAUAGUACAUAUUAAUGCAAUAAUGUACUUUUGGGUAUGUGAUUCACCAGAGAUACAUCUUAGUUGCAAACAAAACUUUUGUUCCAAAGUCCAAAACUUGGGAGAUAAAUUGACUUAAGGAUGGUGGAUGUUAAAAAUACUUAUGAUUUUUCAGUUACCAGUUUUCAGGGACAACAUUCACACGUAUAAGAGCAGCAUUAGCAGCAGAGAUUAUUCCUUUUUCCUUUCCUUGUCUGUUGUUUAAUGAACAGAAAUUGGCUUGUUAGAAUUAUACUACAGUUACCUCUUUAUAACUGGGGUCCUUUAUCUAGGUGCACAGUUUGGAGACCCCAGGACACGCAUGUGCCUUCAGAGGAAAGUUACUGAAAGGCUCCUGGCAAAAUCUAGCCCAAAGCAAUAGGACUAAUCAAGGCACUACCCUGUCACUUUCAAAGUGUCAUCAUUUGGACUUUCCUGAGAAACUAGGUUUGCAAUUCUUCAUCUACAGGGGGCCUUCAGGAAUCAAUUAGGGUUGGAGACUUUAAAUUUUGGGGACCAUAUUGCAGGUUAAACCAAUUCCACAAAAGUUUUUUUUUCCUUUCUCAUUCUACAUAAAACAUACGUAGUCACACUGAUGAGGAAGCAAUUCACAACCAAAAAAUGCCCUUGGUAUUUAACAGAAUUAUACCUGCCUUUUUAUGUACAAUUUCAUAUCAUUUAUUUUUUAAACAAAGAUAUUUUUAGGGAUUUUUUUCAUUGUAAUAUUGUUGUACAGUUUUGCAUGGCCUAGAUGUAAUCACUUUUUUUGUUUUGGUUUAGAGUAUAAAAGCUGACAAGUGUGUGCGUGGGAGGGGGAAGUUUCUGCUUUGGCUCUUCUCACUUGUAUUUUUGAUUCAUGUCCUCAAUGUUGUAGAGGACAUUGUAAGAGAUUCUCUGCUCCAGAACAAUGAUGUAGAUUCUAUUGCACAGAAAUAUUUAAGGUGGAUCAGUCAAAAGUGUAAUAAGUGGCAACCACCAAUAUUUUACAUGGAUAACACUUAAUAUUAACCUACUUUGAUGUAUUGCAAUAAAACAGGGAAAUACUAGAAA